CCGACGCCGCUUCCUGCCGGGGGUGGCACCCCCUCCCUGUGCCCCCCGCGAUGCCACCACCUCUCUGUCCCAUCCGGGCGGUCGGGGCAGGGCUUGGGGCAGGGCGGCGGGGCGGGGAGGGGUCCCCGCCGUUUGCGGGUUGCAUCCCGUUUCCAGCGGCGUGGGUGAAGGUGGCAGCAGGAUCCAGGGAAUUGGAGGCCCAAAUCGAGGUGAUCCCGUGCAAGAUCUGCGGAGACAAGUCCUCAGGGAUCCACUACGGUGUCAUCACCUGCGAGGGCUGCAAGGGUUUUUUCCGGAGGAGCCAGCAGAACAACGCCAGCUACUCCUGCUCCCGGCAGAGGAACUGCCUGAUCGACCGCACCAACCGCAACCGCUGCCAGCACUGCCGCCUGCAGAAAUGCCUGGCGCUGGGCAUGUCCCGCGACGCGGUGAAGUUCGGCCGCAUGUCCAAGAAGCAGCGGGACAGCCUCUACGCCGAGGUGCAGAAGCACCAGCAGAGCCAGGAGCAGAGCGGGGGCACCAAGGAUGAGCCCGAGCCCCUGAGCCGCGUCUACACCACGAGCGUGAGCAGCGGGCUCUCGGACCUGGACGACAUCUCCACGCUGUCCGACGGGCUCCUCUUCGACUUCCCCCUCACCCCCGACGGCAGCAGCACCUACUACAACCUGGACCUGCUGGCCUCGGCACAGCCCUCACCCGACCAGUCCAGCCUGGACGUGGCCGACGCCACGCUCAUCAAGCAGGAGUCCAUCUACGAGCUGAUGCUGGAGCCGGCCCUGUUCGCCCACGGGGCGCUGGAGGGGGGGCAGCUGCCCCCCGACAUCUCCGUGCUGGAGAUCGACCGGGUGGCCCAGAACGUGGUGAAGUCUCACCUGGAGACGUGCCAGUACACGACGGAGGAGCUCAAGCGCCUGGCCUGGAGCCUCUACUCCCCCGAGGAGGUCCGUGCCCUGCAGAGCAAGAGCUGCGAGGCCAUGUGGCAGCAGUGCUCGCUGCAGAUCUCCAACGCCAUCCAGUACGUGGUGGAGUUCGCCAAGCGCAUCGACGGCUUCAUGGAGCUCUGCCAGAACGACCAGAUCAUCCUCCUGAAAGCCGGUAAGGGGGGGAUCCCACCGCCCCCCUCGCGUCCCUGCCACCCCCCUUGUGUCCCCACUGUCCCCCCGUGUCCCCAGCACCUCUCCCAGCAGCAGCCACGGUGCCAAAGGUGUAUCCCAUCUCUUCUCUUUCCUCUUGGAGCCUCCCCUCCCUCCUGCCCCAGCUCUCCCAGUGCUGGGCUGGAAGGAGCUGAAGAUCCAUCCCAAACCUCCCCUGACGCGACUUCCUCGGCACUGGUUCCUUGGUGUUUGACCUCAGUCGUUCCUCGCGAAGGAGGUUGGGGGGAAAAAAUGCACAAAAUGCGUCUGCCAAAACCCCUCUGUGGGGAGAGGAGCUGUGUCACCCACAGCGGGGGGAGGGCAUGGAGGGAGGCCCAGCUGGCCGUGCCACUGUCCCCAAAACCAUCCCAGAGGAGACCCCCCGGCAGCUGUGCCCUGGUGUCCCUCACAGAUCGCCCCUGGCUGACCGAGUCCAAGAAGGUGCAGAAGCUGCAGGACAAGAUCUACGUGGCCCUGCAGCACGAGAUCCAGAAGAAACACUCCGCUGAGGACAAGCUCUCGAAGAUGGUUUCCAAGCUGCCCUUGAUGAAGACCAUUUGCAACCUGCACUUGGACAAGCUGGAAUUUUUCCGUCUCCUGCACCCGGAGACCGCCAUGAACUUCCCUCCCCUGUACAAGGAGGUUUUCAACUCGGAGCUGCAGUACAGCGACCCUCGCGAGAGCUAAGGCCGGGAGCCACCUCGAGGCCCUUCGAGCCCCCCAGAAUUUGGAGACGAACUGCACUUCAGAGGUUUGGGGCAGUUUAUUUAAAUCAAGUCAAUCAAACUCAAGAGAAGCCGGGGGGGCUGCGGGUGCCCCCAGCCCUGUGGCCCCGCCGUGGAUUGCAAUAGCUCUUGAAUGUAAAGCACCUUGAAGGAAAAAGCAAAUGGACUUUGCCAUACCAGUGAAAUGAAUGUGAAAUCUCUGCUGGGGAGGGGAGAUGCUCCUGGCAGUCCUGCUGUCCUGGCUGCACUCUCCACCUCUGAUUUUUUUUUUUAAUUAUUGGGUUUUUUUGUUUUUUGCUUUUUUUUACCCAAACACAAGACAUGGGAUAAAGAAGGGGCGAUGCUGACUCGGCUGGGUGGGGUGGGCUGGAGCUGAGGAGAGGGAAAAGGGAGAGCCUUUGGUUUAUUCCUUCUCCCAGGGGUGCAGUGAGCCCACGGGAGCUUGGCUGAGAAAGACCUGGCUGUGGCUGGGGGGGGAUUCAGCACAAGAUGUUCCCGUGGAGGAGGCUGGUGUGAGGGAAGGGACGCCCAACACCACAGGGAAAAAGCUCUGCAGGGCCUCCGUGUCCUCCAUCACAGCAUUUCCCCAAAUGCCCGGCCAACUGCCCACCCAGCUGGGCUUUUUGGAGCUGAUUUGGCAGAUCCACCUGCCUCAUGCCACCUUUCCACCCCCCCAGUGCUUUUCCCAGCCCGUGUGACUGCAGCCAGAGCCCGGCUCCAGCUGCUCCACCCCGGCGGUGCCGGGGCUGUCCCUGUCCCCACAGUGGUGGCUCUCUGGGUGCUGGUGUUGUCUCAUCGAGCCCAUUAAAAUUUCCCCGUGGCUCAGCACCCAGGGGAGGGUUUGAGGCCCUUCCUCCACCCACCCCCAUCCCUCUGCCAGGUCCCUCCUUCCCACACUGGCACCACCGGGAGCACGGACGUGGCUGCUCUUGCAAGUUGAGUUGGACCCAGGCUCUUCCCCCCAAGGAGCUCCUUAGAACUGUUAUUUUGGGGCUUGUUCUCCAUUUAGCAGGAUUUAGGAGCUUUUCAGGGGGAGAAACUGCCCAUUGGGGUCAAGGGGAAGCGGAAGGUCCUUAUUCCUUCCCUUCAAGGAAUUAGGGUGAUGGGAAGGAAUGUGGUGUGGUCGGGACCUGCUGCUCCAAGCUCGGGAGGCUCAAAGGUGACAAAGGGAAGGAUUUGUGGGGUGAUGCUGUGAUAGUCCUCAGCAGUGGGAACACUUGAGAGACUCUGUGGCUCUGCAGAUGGUUUUUUCCGUCCCUGUUCCUGCUCCUCCUGCAGCAAAUGCCAAAAACAAGGGAAAACCCUGCUCCGAGGCAGCCCCAGUUUCUGCUGACAAAGGGCUAAAACCCCGAGCCCCUUCCUGCUUCAUGCUGAUCCCUCGUGCUCCCAACCCCCUCCUGCAGCAGUUUGGACCAUCUCUGAGUGGGAACCAGAGACCUUCAGCUCCACAAUUGCACCCCUUGAACUCAAGGAGCAGCUCUCUUGGCGUUGUCAGGGACGUUCGUGCUCUUGGGUGAAAGAUGUCCCAGGGAAGAGCACGGACCAACCUCGAGCAGGGAAGAGUCGCCGGUGGGAUUUCUGCCUCGGCCUAAGGCAGAGGGAGAUGUGGGGGCUGUGCAGGGUUUGAGAACCACAUCUGAACUGCUCCUUGGAGGAGAUCAGAGCCCUCUCCAGCACUGUUGGAGCCCAGGAAUCUGGGAAAGGCUGCCAACCCUCCCACGGCCCCACGUGAGUGCCAACGCGUCGUCCUCGUCCGCCGGGCUGGGGACGUGCCCCGCUGGCUUCCCGCCCUCUCAGCUCCUCAAGCUUGGACAGAAGUGAGAAGUCAGCGCUGCCUUUUACAUCCAGAGGGUUGUGCCUUUUUUUUGGGAGCAUCAGCACCGGGAGAAGCGCCCUGUGGGAACGACUGUGCUUUGCGGCUCGCCCUCGGCGCGGCGGGACAGCGGCGCCGCCUUUCCCGGAGGGACACGGGUCUUCUGAAGUAUUUGGGGGAAAAGGAGAAGAAAAAAAAAAAAAAAAAAAAAA